AAUGAAACCAUAACGCCUUCUUCGGAGUGUCUCUUCUGAUCUCUGUGCGCAAUGGAGAAGGGCGAGAGCUCCGCGGCAGAGCAAGAAUCGGAGGGAAAGCAUCCGACCCAACACCAUCUCACCGUCCCGUCUGGUUUGAGUCAGGACGAGUUCGAGCGGCUCAAGCACUUCGUGACGGAGCACCACACCUACUUGGUGGGCCCGGACCAAUGCUCCUCCUUACUCGCCCAGCGAAUCAACGCGCCGAUGGACACCGUGUGGUCUGUCGUGCGUCGUUUCGACAAGCCUCAGACCUACAAGCACUUCAUCAAGAGCUGCGCCGUCCCGGAGGGUUUCGAAAUGACAGUAGGGUGCACGAGGGAGGUGAAUGUCAUAUCCGGUUUACCGGCGGCCACCAGUACCGAGAGGCUGGAUAUACUGGACGACGAUCGGCACGUGACGGGUUUUACUAUCAUCGGAGGGGAACACCGGCUGAGGAAUUACCGGUCUGUGACGACGGUGCACGGGUUCGAGGGCGAGGGGAAGAUCUGGACCGUGGUUCUGGAAUCAUAUAUCGUUGAUGUGCCGGAGGGUAACACCGAGGGGGACGCGCGGCUGUUCGCAGAUACCGUCGUGAAGUUGAAUCUGCAGAAGCUCGCCUCCGUCACCGAAGCGAUGACCCGUGACGGUGACGGUGACGGUAAGUCGCAGUUGGGAUGAACCCAAUUUUUUUUUCUUUUCUUUUGAAAAAUAAAAAUAACACGAAUUGAGGGUUGAAUCCUCACUUAAAAAAAAAAAAGGAAAGGGGAAAAGAAUUUUUAUGCAGAAGCUUUGUUUAAAUUUUCUCUGGGAUUUAAUUUUGGGUGAGUUCGUCAAGUUAAUUUUAAUUUAUAUGAUCACCAACCUAUCCUUUUUUGGUGGAUUGACUGUGAUGCCCGUGAAUGACUGGAACGAGUUUGUGUCUUGUAAAAAUGGGACGAACGUUGAAAUUUGUUGUUAUAGUUGUUACACCAGCGUAAGGGUAUUUCAGUCAAUGCACGUGUACAGGAAAUGUUGACUUCGGGAUAUUGAUGUGUUGUACGUUUAACCAUUUGUUAAUAUCGUUUUUAUGUCUUUA